GUCCCCGCGGGGGGCGGGGGAGCAGAGUCUCGGAGGCGGCGCCGCCAGGGGCCAGAGGGACGGACGGCGCGUCGUGUGCUGCCAGCUGUCGCCCGGGCGUCUGUGUUGAGGACCAUGUCUGCGCUCUCCCGCCGGCUGCUGGGGGCGGCCACCUUGCUGGCUGCGCUGUGUGUGCUGACCUCGGCUCAGACCCCGACCCCCCAUCCGCACCCGACUCCGACUCCGACUCCGACCAGCAAGCCGAACCAGACGGAAACCACGACCGUCCACGUUACCAACGCGACCACCCCGCUGCCCGCGACCACCCCGCCGCCGGCGCCUACGCUCGCACCAGGUAUCUGUGAAAGACAGAACAGCUGCACACCUUGCAUUAACGCUAGUACCAGUAACAUCACCUGCUUUUGGAUAGUGUGUAAAGGUAAAAGUUACUGUUCACAUAAUUCAACAGCUGGUGAUUGCCAGAUUUUAAACAGCACGGAAUACUGUUCUAGGCCUACUACCUCUCCAUUGCCAACCAACUCUACAGCUAAAACCACAACUAAGCCUCUCCCUUCUCCGACUCACCCCACAACUACCCCAUCAGGUACAACUAAUACCACUUCAGCGCCAACCUCACAGCCUGUGCGGAAGUCUACCUUCGAUGCAGCCAGUUUCAUUGGAGGGAUAGUCCUUGUACUGGGUCUGCAGGCUGUACUUUUCUUCCUGUAUAAAUUCUGCAAGUCUAAAGAACGAAAUUACCACACUCUGUAAACAGACCCUUUGAAUUAGUAAGGACUGGUGUGUAACUCACUGAAACCAAAAUAUUUUCUUUGAAGAUGUCCCACACGGAUGACGCUAUUUCAAGACCUUUAAGUUUCCAAAGGAUGCAAACACAUAGGGGGUAUUUGGAGGAGCAUCCUUGAAGAAAAAAAAGUCAGUUGAAUUAUUUUGCUCAACAGAAAUAUUCACGAUACUCUGCAUGAAUCCUUGUGGCUGUCUUGUUUAAAUGGUUGCUGCUGUGGGAUUCUGUUCUCUUCUUGGCAUGCCAAACCUGACUCUAACUGGUGGGAAGUAACUGUCCUGUGCAGAAAAACCUACAACACUUUGGCAGUUUAAAUUUUGUCAUUUAAUAAGGCCCCAAAGCUGCAUUAUUUUACCCUAACUCAGGAUGUAGUUUAGUGACCGGAAUUGAGAAGAAUGUGCCAAAUGAGUACCGAUCAGGUGGAGUUUUUGCUAUUGUUUCAAAAGUGAAAUAAUUAUCAAAUUUAGUGUCCUUAAACUGAACCUGGAUCCUUAGAGUAAAAUUUUGUGCUUGAUAGUAGUUUUUUUUUUUCUACACUAGAAAUAAUUGCCACACAGGGAAUUAUAUUCCAUAUUUAAAGAAAUCAGUGGAAAGGAUACAGACCAUUAAAGUAUAGCAGGUUUUUGUUUGUACUUGUAAAGUACCUUCUAUCAUUGAGAAAAUAUAAGAACAGUGCCUUAAAAGACAACAAACUGAAAGGUCAGCUGUAACUUAAAUGUUUAUUAUGACUUGUUCUUUCUUGUUGGAGAGGAUAAAUACUGGUCUGAUAUCGUUGUUUAUGUGAGUAGUACUAUACCUGCCUUUAGAAACCAUACUGUUAAUAUUUAAUUGAAAACUCACUAUUUUAUUUCAGACCUGAGGAACUUACAGCUAAAGGAUGUUAAAAAUUGAAAGCCAUUAUAUAUCGAACCUCCCAAUAUUUUCUUAAAGACCGUUGAAAAAUACUGAUAAUUUUGAUUUAAUUGUAUUUACCUUUUUGUUCCAAAAAGUAUCAUCAUAACCUUGAAAGGAUUUCCACCAAGCUUCCUUGAAAAGUAACUUCUUUUGUGGAGCAAGGAGAAAACAAUUUACUUUAGAAUAAUUUUCUGACUCUUUAAGACAAUCAUUUCAGUUUUGAGACAGCAGUGUAGAUUCGGAAAGUCUCAGGAGUCUUGCUUGGUCAGAAUAUUGCAGAGUCUGGUGAUGGUCAGAAUACUGCAGAGUCUGGUGAUGACCUUGGGUGAGCAGAUCGUGCUUGUCUGCCUUUCUCAUCCCUCCCCAGUCCGCAUUCGCUCCCCCUGUAUAGUAGGCGUGGACACCUCUUAUUUAGUUGACAUGUGAAGCAUAUUUUGGGUUUUAGAGGGUUACUUCUCACCUGCCUUUGACACAUUGGAUUAGUUCAGAGGCUUAACAUAGUUGAAAAUGAGCCUUUACUGUUCUAGGUCAUUAUUUUUUUAAUCAGUAAUUUCUUAGCCUGUAGAGGCUGAAUGUAGCACUUGGUUUUCAGUGUUUUAUAGUAGGAAAUAAAUUACUUUGGUCCAUUUCACAAACUGAAAUUCUUUGAAUUUAGAUAAUUGUAUUAAAGGUUCUUAAAGACUUAACUGUUUCUUUGUUACUUGCUGGUACAGCUAAAGUUUGUUUGACUUGCACAUUUGUACAUAACCUAAUGUUUUCAAGUGCCUUAAUUGUUUAAAAUCUCUGGCUUCAAAACGUUUUUGGGAAAAGAUGGGUUUACCUCACAUUAUUCUGUUUUCAUUAGUAAUAUCUAGGUACCUCACAAGUUUUAUUAUGGUGCCAUGGCUGUUAGUAUGUAGUGAGUGCUGUAAAGUACAAGACUGUUUUUAAGUUCUCCUAAAGUAGCAAAAUUACCUACAAUGGUAUAGAUAUUAUUUGCUUAAUACAUAGAUUCCUUGACAAUAUGGUAAUGUCAUCACGUAGCAGAUUUUAUGAGCUGAUGAGCCCACUCAACUUCUGCAAUUUUGAUUACGGCUCUGAUAAAUUAGACUAUGAAAUUGGGUCUUACAAGUCCUCUAAAGGAGAAGUCUUACAGCAGAACUCACAGCCUCUUUCCUUGCUCUUUAGCAAUUUAGUAUCGUGAACCAUUAAUAAUUUUUGGGUUUUUUAAUUUAAAUCCAGAAGGUAUAUUGACCCCUUUCAGAUUUUUCAUCUGAUUUGUACAUGCAGAUGUAGUUCUAUCAGAAUAAUAUUACUUUACCUUACAGAUAAUUACAGACAGACACGGCUAUGCUUGGAAAUUUCUGUUUCAGUUCAUUUAAAACUAUUAAGACAAAAAUCUGUAUCAUGUACCAAGCUGAUUUGAAAUAAAUCUACGUUUAUUGAA